AGAGGAUUGAUACGUUGUUCACCGUCCAGCUCAUUCUGAAGACUCUUCUUGGCUGUGCUCUAGCCGGUGCGCUUUGUCUCCUGCAGGUGCACCUUGUUCAGCGGCCUUUGAGUUUGUCUCCCAGUCUGUGCCCUGGUUUUACACGAAAGCUGUCUUUACACGACUUGAUCCAAUUGUUUUUUGGGGGAAAGGUAUCAGUCCCGUGAAGCUCACCUUGUUCGUAAAUGCACUGAUCUUAAAUUUGGAAGCCAUGUCUUCGAGGGCGUUCAUCACGUUUAGGGUCAUAUCCAGGCAAUUUUGUUUUUGAGGAUAGGCGUUACUCAAAAAUGGCAAUAUACUAUUGUAGGGGAUGUAAUCGGUGUCUAAAUCUCAACGACGAGUUCUUGUUCCCCCCAAACGCAUAUUUUGAAGCCGGCAACAAAGGCACAGUGUCAUUCUGGGCAGUGGACAAUACCGAUUUCCGCCAGAAAGAGCAGAACAAAUGCUUUCCAUUCUUUGAGACGCUGGACCACUGGGGAUUUCGACGGCGGCGCACCAAGCUGACCUGCGCGGCAUGUGGUAACCGCCUGGGAUACAUCUACGACGAUGUUCCAUCGGAGCAUGGAAUCGGCCAGGGCGGUUUCGGCUAUUCUCAAGUAGUUCCUCGCCGCCUGCGCUACCGCAUGAAGCGAAAAGCUAUACGUAUUUCUGGUUACUUUAAUUCUAAACGUGUUUGAAAUUCGAACUAUUUCCAAGUUAAUUUUGUUUAUCGUAAUUAUACUUUUUGAAUGAGUGAUGUAUCGUAAUUACUGCUUUCCUCUGAAGCCUGAUCAGUAUCAGGAAAAGCUCGUAUUCUGAAUGUAGAGAUUACCUUUUGCUAAUAGGUUCACGUAUUCUCCGUAAUUAUUUAUAUUAUAACCAUGUUCAUAAUGUGUAUUAUUUGAAAAUUCGCAAUUUGAAACUUUUGUACUGUCGAGAACUGCUAUGUGUGUAGGAGUUCUUUCAGAAGUGCCAAUAUCGAGUGUAGCCAAUUCAUACUGA